UUGGUGAAACUACCGUUUGACGUCAUCACAGACAAGAACCAAUUUGGAGAAUUAGACGUACAAACCUGGGAUUAUGAUCCAUUGCUGUCAUCCAUUGUGGUCGAUACUACGAGGAAGAUUCUGUUACGAUGGUCAAACAAGGAGAACACAUCAACCACUGGCAUUUGUCUAGAGCCCACUGUAUUUACCUUGGUCCAACGUGCAUUUGGGCAAUCCCUUACUUUAACAGAAGUCAAGCUUAGCGUUAACAACACCACCAAUCAUUCCCUUUGCAUGGACAAGUUAAAGCUCGCCGUCGUAUCGUGCAACAGCGUCUUGAAGUAUGACCAUCUUAUUCUCACUUUUCAAGUUAAUAUUCUUUAUACGACACAAAUGAUACAAAGCAGUUUAUUUACAAUAAUAAAAAUUGGCCGCAUCACCCUGCCUUUAGCAUUAUCCGGCCUUCACUCAUUCAUCGCUCUGAAAAAUAUCCGUACGCUAUUAAGCGUCACACAUUUAUUUUGGCAUUGCUGUUACCAAGCAGAUUCAUCACCGUCUGUCGUUGCACCUGUCAGCAAGCCAUCU